UGACAUAGCGGCGUCAAUUUUUGAAAUCAAUUGUUAUUACUAAGGUAUUAGAGUCAAUACUAAAUAGUUUAAAAUUUUAAACAUUCUAAAAUGAAUAACGAAGAUAGUAUAGAGAAUUUUCAUGAAGACGUAAAACUUGAACCAGAAGUAACAAUAAUCAUCGCCGCUGAUACCAUGGUCACGUGUGGUAGAUGCAAACAACAAAUGCCAUUUGCAGACUUCGAUAAUGAACAUCGUAUAACUCAUUAUAACUUAUGUUGGCUUGAUGGAAUUGAAAGUGAAAUAGAUUAUACAGAUACAAGUGCAGUUCUAUCCUUAUUACGUGGGGCUACUAAAAACAAACCAAAAAUAAAAUUUAUUUGUGAAUGGUGUAAUGAUGUAAAAUUAAGUAUUGUUGGAUUUUGUACUCACCUCCAAAAAUGUAGAAAUAAUACGGGUACUUCAAAUAUAACCAAUAAUAAGAUAAGUUACCAACCUACAGUAACGUGUGGCCGAUGUUAUACUAGUAUGACCGGUGUGGAGUAUAUUAAUAAUCAUCGUCAUAUCCAUAAUAACUUGUGUUGGGUGGAAGGUGAAGAAACAUUAGAUUAUACAGAUGAAAAUAAAAUUGCCUAUUUAUUGCGCUCAAUUUUACCAAAGUAUGCUGAACGUAACAAAAAAGUAUCUUUUACAUGUGAAUGGUGUGGUGAAAAAAAGAAAAGUGUAAGUGGCUUUGCUAAGCAUGUUGGAAAAUGUGAUGCUCAACAAAAUUUAUCUACUCUACCUGUUGAAGAAAAUAAUAUGUCUUCAGCUGAAAUUGAUGAUGAACUAGAAGCAAAAUAUAAUUCAACUGUAACUUGUGGCCGUUGUGAUGAAAGCAUGCUGUACAGAGAAUACGAAGAAAAACAUAAGAAUAAACAUUACAAUUUAUGUUGGCUAAAGGGCGAGAAAGAAGUUGAUUUUGAUGAUGAAACUACCACACAAGAUUUAGUUAGAAAAAGUUUACCUGUUAAUGCAGCACGUGAAAAAAAAAUAAUGCUUUCUUGUGAGUGGUGUGAUAUUGUUAAAAGGAGCAUUCCAGGUUUUGUUAGCCAUUUAAAAAAAUGUCAGUUAAGACCAAAUACAGUUAGUCAAAGAGAAAUAAAAAACUCUGUGUGUAUAAGUUCAGAAAAUAAUUCAUCCAAAGUUACUUGUGGACGUUGUAAUAAAGAAAUGACUCUAAAAGAGUACCAUAAAGUACAUGCGGCUGAGCACUAUAACUUAUGCUGGAUUGUUGGUGAAGAAAAACCUAAUUUCGAUAGUUAUGAAGUUGUACUAUCUAUAUUAAAACAAUUUAUACCAUUUAAAGUUGUGCGUGGGCGAGGAGUAAAAUUGACUUGUGAAGAUUGCAAAACUGUUAAAAAAAGUAUUCCUGGCUUUGCUAGCCAUGUAUUAUUUUGUAAAAAAUCUGAAAAAGACACGAUACUUCUUUUAGCGGAAUGUGAUAAAUGUGGAAGGAAAGUUAAGCCAACAUCUAUGAUAUGUCACAAAUUAAAUUGUCAUGGUUCAAUUGUUAAAACAUCACAAGAUUAUAAUCACUAUAGUAGUAAUACGGAUAAAGGAGAUUUACUGUUUUACAAAUCGAAAAGGAAACAAAGACCUCUGAAUGUAUUAAGCCUACAUCCAGAAACUAAAUAUUUGACUGAGUAUUGUGAUUAUUUUUGUAUACUAUGUAACUCGACUAUUAUGAGUUAUAAUGAUAUAGUCGAUCAUGUUGAAGAUGCUCAUAAUAUUGAUAUAAACGAAAUAAAAAACAAUUUAGGAAAAUAUGUAUCGAAUAAGUAUGACCCUUAUAUAAAUGUUUCUGUAAAACCGUUAUUACACUAUUAUGAUUUUUAUAAAUGUAUAUUAUCGGACAACAAUUUAUUCAAAAAUAUUCAACCUGAUAUUCAGCUAUUACAUGAUGUAGAAGCGAAAAAAUAUUUGCCAAUUUGUCAGCAGUCGUGCAAAAUUUUUUGUUCAGAGGAAAACCACAUUUGUGUUAAUCUCUUUCAAUCGAUAUACAUUAAUGAAAUGUAUUGGCUCAAUACUGGUGGUCCAGAUUGGGCAAUGGCGUGGUGUCCUGCUUCUGAAGACGUACAAGUUCAAUAUUUAGCUAUCUCAUGUCAUCCUAAUCCCGACAUUAUUCAUAAAGAAAUGCAAAGUUACAAAUAUCCUUCACUUAUUCAGUUAUGGAAGUUUGACACCUUGCACAACAUAAACCAUAGUUCAAGUGAUAUGAUGCCCUAUAUGUCGUAUGGUAUAGCUCACGAAUUUGGAGCUGUUUGGGAUAUGGCUUGGUGUCCUGCAGGUUCUUAUGAGCCAAAUAAAAAAAUUGGUUUGUUGGCUUUGAGUACAUCCAGUGGUGAUUGUCCAAUAUUUGCAAUGCCUCAUAUGAAAGGCGAUCCAGUAAAAUUUAACAUUUAUAAAGUCAAGCCAAUAAUAGCGAGGAAUUUUGAAUUUGAAUGGAAUAACACUAGUAUACAAUGUACUAGAGUUUGUUGGCAAGCAACUGCCCCUUUUAAGACUUUAAUAUGUGGCUAUACAAAUGGUUUAGUUAGCAUAUUCAACUUGAAUUUAAAUUCAAUAUUUUUAAAAGGUGACAUACUGUAUCCAAGUAAUACUUUUCGAGCUAGUAAAUGCUGCAUAACAGGACUUUCCAUGAACUAUUUAAAUCCCACAAUUUUAGCUACAACUACAUUUGACGGUAAAAUAAAUCUAUGGGAUAUAAAAUCGACUGAAGAUCCCAUAUUUGAUACAAAAUUUUAUAAUUGUUCUGAUUGUACUUGGUUACAACAAUGUUAUACGUUGAUGCUAUGCUCAAAAAGCGUAAAUUCCCUUUUUUCUAAAGUGAGAAGUAUAAAUUUCUUUAACUGUAAUGAUGAUUUGAACGAUUAUAAUCCUGAAUUGUUUGUGUUAUCAUCAUCAUUGAGUAAUAACAAAACGAAAACUAGUGAUAUUGUUAACAAAAUUGAAUCAUUCAAUGAUAGUGUCGAUGAAUGUUGUGAUCUUGAUGAAAGUAUUAAUAGCGAAAAGUUUAAAUGUGAUAAUGAUAAAAUGAAAGUGGACAAUUCUUAUGCAAAUAGUGAUGAUGAUGAUGAUGAUGAUGAUGAUACAAAUAACCGCGAUGGCACUGUUGAUAAAAAUAACUUUGAUGGCGAUAAUGAUAAAAAUAAUGGUCAUGACGAUGAUUAUGAAGCAUCAGCUACUGAUUCAAACACUAGUGAUGAAGAAUUAUCAAACCUAGGAAAGAAGAAGAAAAAAUUAAAUAAUAAUCAUAAGAACAGUGAGGAAGAUUUUAAAUUAAAAGACUGUUGUGAAGAUGAUGAAUUAUAUGGACCUUCUUUUUUUCAAUCUGGUAUUCAUUGGUCGAUUGCUGGUUCAAAUUGGAUGAAUAUUAUUGCAACUGGAGAUGAAAAUGGAAAUGUUUAUGAAAAUUGUUUUUCAGCUGAAAGAAAUCAUUUGCGAAAAAAAUGUACUAAAAUAUUACAACUUUCAGUGAAUAAAGUAUCAAUUAGUGAAGAGUCUCGGUCAGAACCAUUGAACCUUAGUCGUUUCAAUGACACUGUAAAAGAAUUUGCACUAGAUGCUAAAUUUUACCCUUCAGAAAAUGACGAAAAGAGACAUUUAAAGGACAGUACAUCAUUAUUAAGAUAUCCAUUAGAAAACAUCACUAAGGUUUGUUGGAAUCAAAAUGUUACAUCAUUUAGGUGGUUAGCUGUCGGUUCUCAAAGUGGUUUUACUUUUGUUACACCUUCCAAAGAAUUAUCUGAAAGUCAUUUUGAAUCAUUUUACAAAGUUACUUCUAGUUUUAAAGAACAAAAAAUAGUAGACCAUACAAAUAAUACAAAGACUGAGGAUAACAUUUAAUUUUAAUUUUGUAAUAUAACAUUAGCUUUAAAAACAAAAUUUACUUAUUUGUGAAUUAUAAAUAUAUUUUUCAAGGUAAAGUAGAGCUGUUGUAUUCUAAAUGAUUAAAAUUUGAUGUAUAACCCAUUAACUAUUGAUAAGUGUUUACAACGUAAGUGACGUACAGAAUCAGAAUGGAUAACUCUAAAUGUUUUAACUUUUGAGUUUAAAAAGUUUUCUAAUAAAACCAACUUUUCUAUGUACAGACACACGCCAUGUAUAAAAUAAUUGCUUAAGAAACAUCA